AUGUUACUACGGGUCGACUGCUCUCGCCCGGCGGAGACCUAUAUGGACGGACCCUGCGCUGGGAGGCCAAGGAAAGGAGGUGAGUCAAGGACGUCCUCGUCGGGACCCCAAGCCACCGCGACUCGCGAGGCCACGCUGGCCUGUUUGGCUGGGCGUCCCAGCGGGUCGGAGAGUUCAGUCAUGUUCUCCCAGGCGGUGAUGCGCGCCCUGCGGAAGAAUAAGACCCUUCGCUACGGAGUCCCCAUGUUGUUGCUGAUUGUUGGAGGUUCGUUUGGUCUUCGUGAGUUUUCACAAAUCCGUUAUGAUGCUGUGAAGAUUAAAAUCGAUCCCGAGUUAGAAAAAAAACUGAAAAUGAAUAAAGUGUCAUUGGAAUCAGAGUAUGAGAAAAUAAAGGACUCCACUUUUGAUGACUGGAAGAAUAUUCGAGGACCCAGGCCUUGGGAAGAUCCUGACCUCCUCCAAGGACGAAAUCCAGUAAUCCUUGAGACUAAGACACCUUGAUUAUGCUCAUUUUUUUUUAAAUAAAAAUGUUAUCAACUGGAAUUUCCACUCUAUACUCCUAUCCAGUGGAAAGAAGAUUUCAGACCUGCAGAAGCCUGGAUGGGAAUAAUUUGAUGACAAGUACUCUUGAUAAAAAGUCAAGUAUAGGUUUUUAUACUUCCCGACUCUUCCAUUUGCAAAUGAAAGUAACAAUGUUGAUCGCAUACAUUUUUCCUGCUCAAUAAAAAUGUGAAUACUGCUAUUUAAA